GACGUAGAGGGAGUCUAAAAUGGCGGCAGUAACGACCGCUUUGAAUUUCAGCUCAGCGGAUAAAGUUUAAAAUAACCCUCGAACCGAGGAGUGUUAAUUACACCGGGAUAUGCACACGGAGUAGACUUAUUAAGGACGUAUCAAUCAUGGACUCUGUUGUAGGGGAAGACCCGACCCUACCUCUUGAUUUCAAUAGCAGUUCCAACAUGUCCAGGAUCCCCGAUAUGGCAGGUGUUGGAGGCAGCAGUUACUCCCAGGAUUAUGUGGCAGUGCCUAGCUAUUUACCUGGGGAAAAAACAUCUCCAACCAAAGCACGGGCGAUGAGAGAAUAUGAAAAUCAAAUCACUGACCUGAAGAAGGAAAAUUUCAACCUGAAGCUUCGCAUCUACUUCCUGGAGGAGAGGAUGCAACAGAAGUUUGAUGAUGCCAGUGAGGAUAUCUAUAAAACUAACAUUGAACUGAAGGUCGAGGUGGAAAGUCUGAAGCGUGAUUUGCAAGAGAAGCAAGAACUGCUUAUUAAAGCCUCAAAAGCUGUUGAGAGCCUUGCUGGAAACAACAGUGGUGAGCUUCAUCGUAUGAAAGAAAGAUCGAAGAGAGAGUUGGAGCAAAUGAAGGAGAUUUUUGACAAGAAGGUUGAAGAACUGGAAGAGAAUCUUAAAGCUGCCCAGGAUGACGUAGAGAAAAUGGCUGACAUUGCAGAGCAAGAAAAACUAAGGAAUAUGGAGAUGGAAAAACAGCUGCUAUCUAUUACUGUUUCAAAUCCGAAUGUAACGGUUCCUGGUAUAGAUAUAAAAGAGCGCUUGAAGGAAAAGGACAAUAUUAUUGAACAACUGAGUUAUUCAUUGAAAAACAAAGGUGCUGUUAUUGAACAACUUCAAAAUGAAAACGCAAAACUGGAAGACUGUAGCAGUGAACUGUAUCCUCUUAGAGAGAAGAUCAGUGAACUUACUGAAGCUCUGCAUGGAAAGGAAGGAGAAGCAGAGGCCCUGAAAAACGAACUGGCAAAGGAAAAGAUAAGCUAUCAAAGAGAAAUUCAGAGCCUGGCUGAAAAACAUAAAGAACUGUCCAACCUGGAAGCAACUACCCGACAGUUAACUGGAGAACUGGAGAGCACUAGAAUGAUGAUCGAUACUCUGAAAAAGAGAUUGGAAGAAGCAGAUGAAGACAAUAAGAAUCUCAACAGAAGGCUUGAAGAAAGGGUCAAUGAACUGGCUUUUGAAAAGAAAAACAGUCUGAAGAGAGACAAAACUAUCCAAGGCCUUAGUCUUGUGCUCAAGGAUAAAGAUAAGGAGAUAGAGGAGCUUUGCCAUGAAAUUGAAGACCGGGACAAUGCUUUAGUAAAGGCCAGAGAAGCUGCCCACAAGGCACAAAUCCAGAAAUACCAGGGUGCUGAGGAGCAUCAGAGUCUCCUGACAGAGAAGGAAGCUGAGCUGGCAAAGCUGCUUUCAGACCAUCACGCCAACACAAUGGAGAACCAGAAGCUACAGAGAGCCCUUGGCCGAAGGGUGCAGGAACUAAGUGACCUUAAUCAAACCAAAGAGCAGCUGGAGAAAGAACUGGAAGACAUGCAGGAGCUGAAGAACAAAGGGGAUAAGGAUGUUAAUGAUCUGAGGAACCAGCUGAAAAAGCUGAAUGGCGAGAUGGCAGAGAAAGAGCAUUCCUUGGAGCAGCAGUACCAAGCGCUGUUGAGCGAGAGCAAGCAGAAAGUACAGAGCCAAGAAAUCACUAUCAAGCGCCUGACCAGCAGUCUAAAUGAAAAGGAUCAGCUGCUCCAGGAAUAUUUGAACCUGGCUAAAGGUGCUGAUCAAGAGAGGAAUCGCAGCCCUGACGGGAGGGAUGCCAUGCUGGCUAAGUUACGGGAACGUCUGAAAGAGAAAGAAAAAGCGCUAGAGCAAGCUAUUGAUGAGAAAUUUGCUGCCAUUGAGGAAAAGGACAAUGAAAUCAGACAGCUGCAGCUGUCUUUACGAGAGAAGGAGCGCGAUCUUGAAAGACUGAACAACCUUCUUUCUCAUAAUGAGGAGACUAUUAAUAGCUUUGACGGUGUGAUCAAAGAAAAAGAUACAGAGCUGCAACACCUGGUGAAUUCUUGUAAAAACCUUCAGAGGGCUAAGCAGGAACUGGAAGACAACUUGGCACGUGCACUGCGAGAGAAGGAUGCUAUUAUAUCUCAGCUGCAACAAUCGCUUGCUAACAAGAGCAAAGACUUGGAGGAAAUGGCAAACACAUUGCUAAACCAGACUCAGAGCAACGUGCGGGACCUUACUGAACAGUUGAGACAACGGUUAAAACUAACCGAGACCAUGUUGGCAGAGGCUUAUAAAGACAAAGAGCGACUGGUAUCUGAAAAUCAAAAUGCGGUUGAAGGACUUCUGGCCACUGUCGGCAGCAAAGAUCAACUUCUAAAGGAGUCUGCUGAACAUUAUAACCGCACCUUGGCAGAACGUAAUCUUGAAAUCCAGGAUCUAAGGAGGCAUCUUUCUGAAAAAAAGCAUGAAAUAUCCAUCUUGGAAAAACACAGUUCAGUGAUAACGCAUGAGAAAUACAUCGAAAUUGCAGAGCUCAAAGUGUUGCUUACAGAAAAGGAUACCAUUAUAAACAAACUAGUGGAGAGCGGACAAGAGAGAGAUAAAUACCUGGCUGAGCUGAAAAUGCAGGAAGCUCCCAUACCACGGGUGCUAGAGUUGAAGCAGACUAUACAGAUCCUGCAGGAGCAAUUAGAAGAGAAAGAGGCUGAGUUGACACAGAAGAAGGGUGAUGAAAGUGUGGCUAAAAUACCCGUCAUUAAAAAGAGUGCAGUAACUUUGAAAAAAGAAUUGGCACAGAAAACUGAUGACCUGAACAAGGCUUUGAAGAAAGAGAAUGAGUUGCAGAUAGAGGUUGCUGAACUUCGUUCUUUGUUGGCAGAUCUGGAAAAUCGUCAUGAGGCUCAGGCUGCAAAUAUAGAGUCUCUGACGAAAACCUUGGAUGUCAAGGAUGAAAUCAUAAGGGAUUUGCAUACAAGACUGGGAAAACCGCCUAAACACAGCGGAGUGGAACUGCAGACCCUGAGAGGGGUGGUGACGAGGGAAGGAAUACAGAGCCCAGGGAUCCCUCAGAGAGAGGAGACAAUCAUUGGAGGAAACAGCCAGCAGGAGGCUUUGCCUGCUCUGCAAACUGUGCUAUCCGAAUAUGAAGCACUCAACACGGCUCUGAAGGCAGAGCAGCAGCUUUACUCCAGCCUUGUAAGGACAGUGAAGGAGCCAGACAGUGCACAACGCAUCCAUAAUUUACAGAUGGAAUUAACUGCAGUUCAGUUACUGAGGCAGCAGUUGGAAGAGGGCAUCAGAAGUAAUGAAGAUCUGCAAAAGAACUUGGAGAAAGAGCUGCAGCGGGCGAAAAGAAAAGAAGUGACUGAUGCGCAGACAGGCCUGAUUGAUCCCAGGGAGGUGGAGACUUUGAAACAUCAGCUGGAGGAUGCUCAGCGCUGGAACACCUCUCUGCAGGCCAGGCUUGGGGAGAUCCAGGGCAGGGGAGGGGGAGUAGGAGGCACAAAUGACACAUCUGACAUCUUCAGUUUUACUGGUGACCAGACCUCCUAUAUGAGUAUAUAUUUGGGAGAGCAUGAUGAACUAGAGCAGGAUAUAGAAAAUCUUUCCCUACCAGAACUGAGGCGAAAGGUCCAAGAACUUUUGGAGUAUGUGAAAGAGUUGCAAGCAUUCAAUAAGGAUCUUCAGAACAAAGCUUCAUUAACUGAGAACUCAGUCUUGGCUUCUGUGGAGCAAGACAAACAGGAUAUAUUGACAUUGUCUUCACAGAAUAAGCUCCUUGAAAAGAAGCUGGCAGAUGCUGUGAAAAUAAACAAGGCCCUCCAUGACCAGCUAAACAGAGAGGGUCAAAAAUCUGCUGAGAAUGUGAUAAAACCCCAAGUUAAAGAUCAAGAGAUUCAAACAUCUCCACAGAAGGAGAGGAUUUCAUCCCCCCAGGGGAACAGAGCUGAACAUCAAGGUAACAAGAGUUCAGGGAUAAAGCCACCAGCGGUAUACAGAAAGGAAUCCACCUCUGCUUCAUCUGAUAGCAAAAAGACGAAGCUGGAUCUGGAGGAUCAGAAUGUAGUUGAAUCAGAACUCAAAGACACAUCUUGCCAGAUGGAGACAAUUGGAAAAGGGCUUAAAACUGCAGAGAAGAAGCCAUGUAAAGAUGAAGGAAAUAAUCAGAAUAUGGAGAUGGAGAUAGCGUCUUUAAGAUCUCCUUUGACUGAAACUGGAUCAGCAUCAGUAAUUGAUCUCAGAAAUGAACUUGCCAGGCUGCAUAAUGAGAAUACUAAUCUCCAAGGCAUUGUGAAAGAAACACAGUCCACAGAGUUCAAAGAAAGCUGUGAUGAUUCAGGAGAUGGAGAAAUCAAAAAUGAUCUAAAUAAAGUGGUGGAAAGGUUAAAAGCAGAAUUAGUGGAUGCCAGAAAAAUUAUCAAACUCCUAAAGGAACAACUGGAACUUAACUCCUCCAUGGACAGUGAAAACAGUUUUAAUCCAGACCUGAUUGUAAACAUGGCUAAAGAAAUUGAUCGUCUGAAAAAGGAACAUGAAGCCUCCACAAAAAGAAGGGUAAUCCUGGAGAAAAUCCUAAAGGAAAUGGAGGCACAGCAGCCAAGGGGUAUUGAUGAAAGUGACCAGCGAAGAAAUUCACAGGAAACAUUACAACGGCAAGAAGCAAGGAGAUAUGCAACACCUGGGUCCACAACUGGUGCAAAGUCCCGUCUUCCUGUUCCUGUGAAGUCCUCCAAGGCAGCAGUCAAUAAUAAUACUAACAACGGAGCUAAUCGGAACACAGACCUGGACCCACAAGUUGAACAGCUUCAAAGUGCCCUUGAGGAGAAGAACCAAGAGUACAGAGAACUGCAGGAAAGUUUACGCACAGCAGAGUUCACCCUUACACAUCAGAAAGUGAACAAAACGGAAGCUACUCAGACCACAGACCCAAGUAGUGACUCGAUCCUUUAUAAGCGGAUAGAUCAGCUUCAGAAAGCACUUCAGGAAAAGAAUCAACUUAAUAAAGAGCUGCAGGAAUUGCUAUGCAAAGCUGAGUCUGCACUAGCAAGUCAGAAUACUGAUAGAACAGGUCAUCCAUAUAAAGACCUGAGUCAUCAACAGGAAGAGAAGCUUCAGAAAGCCCUUCUGGUAGAUCAAUUCCAGAAAGGUUUUCAGGAGAAGAAUGAGCUUAACAGACAACUUGAGGAAAGGUUAUCUGGAGCAGAGGCACGUCUGAAUGUGAACAGAACUUCAACUAGUACGAACACAGACCUGGACCUUCACCAGUUGCAGAAAGCUCUUCAGGAGAAGAAUCAGAUUAACAAAGACUUGUUGGAAAGACUACAUGGGGCAGAGUCUAUCAUAGAACAUCUAAAUGGUAAUAAAUGUGUAGCUAAUCAGAACGAAGACAUGGAACUUCAUCAGCAGGUUAACCAACUUCAGAAAGCCCUACGGGAGAAGUGUGAACUUAACAAGAAACUUGAGGAAAGACUAUAUGAAGCAGAGUCCACCUUGACAGUUCUGAAUGCUAACAGAGCUUCAGAUAGUACAAACAUAGACCUGGACCUUUGCCAGCUGCACAAAGUCCAUGAGAAGAAUCAAAUCAACAAAGACUUGCUGGAAAGGCUACACAAGGCAGAGUCAACCAUAGAACAUCUGAAAUCUAGUAGAGCUGUGGCUAUUCAGAAUACAGACGUCAAUCUUUCUCUGCAGGUAGAUCAGCUUCAGAAAGCCAUUUUGGAGAAGAAACAACUUUACAAAGAGCUUCAGGAAUUUCUACAGACAGCAGAAUCUACCCUAGAGGCCCACAAUGCUACUGGAACUUCAGCUAGUCCGAAUAAAGAACUGGCUCUUCAUCAACAGGUAGAUCAGCUUCAGAAAGCCAUUUUGGAGAAGAAACAACUUUACAAAGAGCUUCAGGAAUUUCUACAGACAGCAGAAUCUACCCUAGAGGCCCACAAUGCUACUGGAACUUCAGCUAGUCCAAAUAAAGAACUGGCUCUUCAUCAACAGGUAGAUCAGCUUCAGAAAGACCUUCAAGAGAAUAAUUACCUUUACAAAGAGUUACACGAGUUACUGAGCAUAGCUCAGUUGACAAUUGCAUAUCAAAAUACUAACUGGACUUCCACUGGUCCAAACACAGACUUGGAACUUCAUCAGCAGGUAGAUCAACUCCAUAAAGGUCUUCAGGAGAAAAAUGAACUGAACAGUCGACUUCAGGAAAGGCUGUCUAGUGCAGAGGCACGUUUGAACGUGAAGAGAAUUUCAGCUAGUACAAACACAGACCUUGAUCUUUACUGGUUACAGAAAGCCCUUCAAGAGAAGAAUGAACUUAACAAACACCUUGAGGAAAGACUAGGCACUCCAGAGGCAAUUCUGAAUAUGAACAGCAAUUCAGCUAGUACGAACACAGACCUGGACCUUCACCAGCUGCAAAAGGUUCUUCAUGAGAAGGAUCAAAUCAACAAAGACUUGCUGGAAAAACUACACAGGGCAGAGUCUACUGUAGAACAUCUGAAAUCUAGCAGAGCUGUUGCUAACCAGAAUACAGACCCAAGUCUUUAUCUGCAGACAGAUCAGCUUCAGAAAAAUAUUUUGGAAAAGAAACAACUUUACGAAGAGCUUCAGGAAUUACUGCAGACAGCAGAAUCUACCCUAGAACGCCAGAAUUCUACUGGAACUUCAGCUAGUCCAAUUAAAGAACUGGAUCUUCAUCAACAGGUAGCUCAGCUUCAGAAAGUCCUGCAGGAGAAGAAUUACCUUUACAAAGAGUUGCAUGAGUUACUGCAUGCAGCUCAGUUGACCAUUGCAUGUUUAAAUGCUAACCAAACUUCAGCUGGUCCAAACACAGAGUUGGAAUGUCAUCAGCAGGUAGAACAGCUCCAGAAAGCUCUGCAAGAGAGGAAUGAUCUCAACAGACAGCUUGAGGAAAAACUAUCCGGAGCAGAGGCACGUCUGAAUGUGAAGAGAACUUCAGCUAGUACAAACACUGACUUGGACUUUCACCAGUUGCAGAAAGCCCUUCAGGAGAAGAAUCAGAUUAACAAAGACUUGCUGGAAAGAGUACACAGAGCAGAGUCUGUCAUAGCACAUGUAAAUAGUAAAAAGGGUGUAGCUAAUCUGAAUGAAGAUAUGGAACUUCACCAGCAGAUUGACCAGCUUCAGAAAGCAGUUCGGGAGAAGAAUGAACUUAACAAACAACUUGAGGAAAGACUGUGCGCCACAGAGGCACUUCUGAAUGUGAACAGAACUUCAGCUAGUACGAACACAGACCUGGACCUUAGCCAGCUGCAAAAUGUCCUUCAUGAGAAGACUCAAAUCAACAAAGACUUGCUGGAAAAACUACGCAAGGCAGAGUCUUCAGUAAAACAUUGUAAUGCUUAUGGUGCUGUAGCUAAUCCGAACAUAGAUCUGGACCUUCAACAGCAAGUGGACCAGCUUCAGAAAGCCCUGCAGGAGAAGAAUGAAGUUAACAAGCAACUUGAGGAAAAGCUGUCUGGAGCAGAGUCCACCAUAACAGUUAUGAAUCCCAACAUAACUGUAGCUGGUCAAAACACAGACCUUCACCAGCUGCAAAAAGCCCUCCAGGAAAAGAAUGAACUUAACAAGAAACUUGAGGAAAGGCUGUCUGCAGCAGAGUCCGCCUUAACAGUUCUGAAUGCUAACAGGGCUUCAGGUAGUACAAACAUAGACCAUGACCUUCACCAGCUGCAAAAAGUCCUUCAUGAGAAGAAUCAAAUCAACAAAGACUUGCUGGAAAGGCUACACAAAGCAGAGUCAACCAUAGAACAUCUGAAAUCUAGUAGGGCUGUUGCUAAUCAGAAUACAGAUGUCAAUCUUUAUCUGCAGGUAGAUCAGCUUCAGAAAGCCAUUUUGGAGAAGAAACAACUUUACAAAGAGCUUCAGGAAUUACUACAGACAGCAGAAUCUACCCUAGAGGCCCACAAUGCUACUGGAACUUCAGCUAGUCCAAAUAAAAAACUGGAUCUUCAUGAACAGGUAGAUCAGCUUCAGAAAGACCUUCAAGAGAAUAAUUGUGUUUACAAAGAGUUACAAGAGUUAUUGCGUGCAGCUCAGUUGACCAUUGCAUGUCUAAAUGCUAACCAAACUUCCACUGGUCUAAACACAGACUUGGAUUGUCAUCAGCAGUUAGAUCAACUCCAGAAAGGUCUACAGGAAAAGAAUGAACUUAACAAACAGCUUGAGGGAAAGCUGUCUGGAUCAGAGGCAUGUCAGAAUGUGAUGAGAACUUCAGCUAAAACAAAAACUGACCUUCAGCAGCUGCAGAAAGCCCUUCAGGAGAAGAAUCAGAUUAACGAAGACUUGCGGGAAAGACAACACAAGGCAGAAUCUUUUAUAGAACAUCUGAAUGCUAAUAGAGGUGUAACAAAUAGCAAUACAGAGCUGGAAGUUCACCAGCAGGUAGAGAAGCAGCAGAAAGCCCUUCAGAAGGUGAGUGAAGUUAACAAACAACUUAAGGAAAGACUAUGUGCUACAGAAGAACUUCUGAAUGAAACCAGAACUUCAGCUAGUACAAACACUAACCUGGACCUGCAGCAGCUUCACAAAGCCCUAAAGGAGAAGAAUAAACUUAACAAACAACUUGAGAAAAGGCUAUCUGAAGCAGAGUCCACCUUUGCAAUGGAAUGUUAUCAACGUCAAAAAGACAUCCAGGAGAGAACUGAAAUUAACAAAGAGCUACAGGAGAGAUUACGUGAGGCAGAGUCUACCAUAGAAUGUCUGAAUGAUAAUCCUAACCCAGACACACACCUUCAUCAAAUGGUAGAUGAGCUUCGAAAAACCCUUCAGGAAAAGAACCAAUUUUGCGAAAAGCUGAAAGAAAGAUUAUUCACAGCAGAAUCUACCACAUCCCAUCUGAAUCCCAACAUAGCUGUAAAGAAUGAGAACCCAGGCAUAGACCACCUUCAGCAAGUAGAUCAGCUGCAAAAAGCCCUACAAGAGAAGACACAAAUUAUCAAGCAACUUCAGCAAAGGCUACACACAGUGGAGUCCGCCGUAACCCAUCUGAGUGCUAACAGAGCUGUAACUAAACAGAGCACAAACUUGGACCUUCAAAAGCAGGUAGACCAGCUCCAGAAAGCUCUUCAGCAGAAAAAGCAAAUUAACGAGGAGCUGCUGCAAAGACUGUGCACUGCAGAUUCCACCAUAGCACAUCAGAAUUCUAAUCACACAAUGUGUGAAGCCGGGACUUCUUUGGAACAUGAUGACAAAGAGGUUCAGGUGGAUUUGCAAGACCUUGGUUACGAAACCUGUGGAAAGAGUGAAAAUGAAGUGGAUAGGGAAGAAAACCGUAGUACAGAAAAUGAUAAUCGGCUUAAAGAACACAUGAAUGAAGCCAGCCUCCCAUCCCUGCUCAAAAGAGAUGGACAAUUCUUCUCUAUGGAGAAUCUUGAUACAAACUCGUCAACCUCUUAUCCAAGUUCUCCCUGUCUGAGCUCACCCAAAAUCAGCACGAAGAGCCUGCAAAUCUAUGAUGACUAUGGUUUUACAGACGACUUGGGCGAGCUCAAGCAGCAAGUUAUGGAACUGAAAACAAAACUGGAGAAUUAUCAGAGGGUUAUUCACCACCUGCAGAGUCUUCACCGUAGAAACUCCCUGUCAAGUGAUCUCUUGACCAUUGGGUCAGAACCAGGCCAGCAGACCACAGUGAUGCUCCAGGAAGAACAUGGAGAUUUAGAAAAGGAUGGCCAAGAGAUGUGUUCUCACAAGUCUUUGGGUCUGUUUAGCCAAGACCACAGCCAGAUUGGAAACUUUCCUUUAGGCCAUGAUGAUGAAGACAAGCAGAUGCUGAAGGAUGAGAUAGCAAGCCUUAAGAUUGAACUUGACAAGGAGAAGGCCUCAAACAAGAAUAUUUUGGAACAGUUGCAUCAACUUCAAUCAAAAAUCAGAUCAGCAUCCCCAGCUAGGUUUGAUUCGCUGGUGCAGUCCCAGGCUCGAGAGCUGUCACAGCUCAGGCAGAAGAUGAAGGAUUCUCGCAGCCUGGGCAUGCUGCACCAUCACCAGCUGGAGGAUCUCAACAGGUCCUUUGAAGAGCUACUGCAGGCCAGUGAUGUGGAUUACUAUGUGGGGAAAGCUUUCCGGGGGCAACUGGACAAGAGCCUUUUAGUGCUUGAAAAGCUAGAAGACCAGCUUGAGUGCGGGGGUGGGUAUGCAGACAACGAAGACAACACACUUCUUGAAUUUGCAGAAAGUCCUGAAAGCCUAAAGCAUGAAAUAACCUACCUCCGAAAACAACUUGACAGUGAGAGGAGGCAGCUGCAAAAGCAGCUGAAAGAUCUUGCGAGACACAACCAGAACUUAGCCCAAGCCACAGAGGAACAGCUAGAUGUGCUUUCAAGGGAGGUGCAGGAGAAGAAUAAGGUGAUCCAGCAGCUUCAGCUGCAGGUCAGGAGCCAGUCAAUAGAGCUGUCUACUAGCCACAACUCUGAUUCAGAAGCUUCCGACAGAUAUAGGACUCUGGAUAGCAGAUCAGACGCUCUGCAUGCGCUCCAGUGUUUUGAAGGGAAAUACGGCCAAUGCCGAACAUCUGAAGGGACAAAACUGCCUUACUUUCAGCAGGAGACUGCACAGCCACCUGGUAUUAUCAGUGCCUCCACUGGGAAAGCAGCUGUUCCGGGUAAAGAGAAUGGAGCUGGCAGUCGCAGACAGUCACAGACGCUGCUCUCCACCGACACACCGAUCUUGGAAAAUAAAGGCAGCCUGCCCCAGCAGCAGUAUUUACAAGGGCUGCAGAAAGAGAACAGCUUGUUACAGGAGAAGCUGAAAAACAGCGAGCAGCUGAAUGAGACUCUGCGCACCGAAGUGGAUCUGCACCGCUCGAUCAUCAAGAACAGAGAGGACACCGGGGGAGAGAGAGGCUUGUCACCUAAACCUCUGGACAGGUCCUCAAGAGAAGACAGGGCCAGCACAGGACUGACAGAAAGCAGGAAUGAGCCGUCUGGACUGGUGAAUACAGACCUGCUUGCAGAACAUCUUCAGGAAAUCCGUAGUCUGAGGCAGCGCUUAGAGGAGUCCAUCCGAACGAAUGACCGGCUAAGGGAGCAGCUUGAGCGCAGGCUGGCCGAAGCUGAACCGGACCCAGCUUCUACGAAUAUAUUUAUCAGCGGAUCAGAGGAGAAAGGACAGCUGGCCAACGAGGUCCAUUUCCUCUGGAGACAAAACCAGACACUCAAGGACCAGCUAUCAUUGGGAUCGAGAGAUAAGCAAAAGGAGAAUGAAAAGCUCAGAGAGUCCCUCGCAAAGAAAAAUUCCAAACUGGAGUAUCUGCGAAAUGAAUACGAGCAUGUAAAGAAGGAGGGCGUCCACCUGGAAAACAAAUUCAGAGGGAGUCUGGAAGAAAACAAGCGCCUGAAAGAGGUGCUGCACCACAGUCGAGAUGAAAUCAACAGGUUGCACUCUGAAAUAGGCAUACAGAGGCAGCAGCUUUCUGACAGCCAGCAUCUCCUGCAGUCCCUCCGAGUGGAGCUGCAGGUAUAUGAACAAAUGAAGGUAGCCAGUGACAAAAGGACAGUUUCAGAUGCCACAUCGGGACAAACGCAGGACAUGUCAGCACCCAGCCAUGGGCCACUUGACUUGAGUGAGCUGUUGUCUGAAAUCCGUCACUUAAGAAUCCAGCUCGAGAGGAGCAUUCAGACAAACAAUGCGCUGCGACAGAGGCUGGAGGAACAGCUGCUGAGGGGGCAAGGGAAAGUGGAGGGAUCCCCUUCAACCAUCAACAUCAACUACCUCCUGAGCGGAGAGCAGAGACAUUCCGUCCUCAGCAAUUAUGGAGAUAAUGGUUCUAAAUCGCCAGCACAGGAUGAAAACUUUCCUCAUCCUUCUUUCCAUGGAUCUCCAAAAUCUGGGAGGUCUCCUCCCAACAGGGAUGGUGCAAAAGCAUUGCACAGUGACUAUUCAGGUGUUUUUAUAAGCGAAAUGAAACCCCAUCCAAAGGAUGAGCUGGACUCUGCGUCACAGUGCAGUGGCAGCUCUGCUGACAGCACCACACAUACUCCCUCUCGUCUCGUCCCAGGACAUCGCUUAUGGGCGAGCAGAAGCGGCCGGCAUAUACUCGGCUUGAUCGAGGAUUACAAUGCUCUCCGCAAGCAGAUUUCAGAGGGGAAAAUGUUAACCUGUGGAAUGGAAAGUAACCUCCAGGAGUGCUUCCAUACCAUUUCACAGCAAGGGGCAGAAUCGAUGGUACUUGAUCAACGGUUCUUAAAAGGCUUCUCCUCAGAUGUUAAUAAAAUGCAGCAGAUUCUGGAGGAAGCCAGUCGUUUGCUGAAGCUGCUGUGGAAGGUUUCACUGCCAGCUAACACAUCCAACAGCAGCAGCCAGAACUGUCAGGACGAAAUGAUGAGGACUGAAAUUGCUAGACUGCGCAGCAAACUGUCCCAGCAGGAGAGGAUGCUGAACGGAACAGUCAGGCGCCUCCGAUCCACCAAUCGACUCAAAGAGGGAAUGGAGAAAGUGAUCAUUGAUCAAUUGGCGGUGACCCACAAUGUGUUGAAGAAAGCUAGAGGUAAUUUAGAGAUUCAGCCCCUACAGGAAGCCUCAGUAAAUGCAAAUUAAUCUGUGGGAUCGACAAAGCUGCCUUCAAAUGUUUUUACAGCAGACAGACCUGUUCAUCUGUGGAUCAAAAAAUUGACAUUUUAGAAUCUUCCCAAUGGAGCUAUUAAGACUUUGUAAGAUGUCACCAAGAUGGGAUAU